AUGAAUAUCUCCGCAUUCCUAUACUUCUUUCAUGUUCUAUGGGCAGCUCCUGGGUUUGUCCUCUCCCGAGGGAUUGGUGCACACGACACCUCACGGUUUAGAGUACAUGCCUUGCCCGGCGUUUCGGACCUACCGUCCAGCUGGGCUGGUCGCCUUCCAGUUCCGGAGACAGAGAAUGGAAAUGAGAUAUUUUUCUGGCUAUUCGAAUCAGAAAAACGGGCAUACGAUGACAAUUUGAUCAUUUGGUUCAAUGGCGGCCCAGGCUGCUCAUCCUUGAUAGGUCUGACGACCGGUAAUGGACCCAUUUCCUUCGAUGGCAAUUCAACUCGGUUCAUUCGCAACCCGCACUCGUGGACAAAGCUGGGCAAUGUGCUUUACGUUGAUCAGCCCGUCGGCACUGGCUUCUCCACGGCCAGCUUCCCCUACCCGGUCAAGGACAAUGGCAGGAUAACGACAGACUUUACGCAGUGGCUGCGUGGCUUCUUCGAAUACUUCCCGCACCUGCAGUCAAAGCAGAUCCAUCUGAUGGGCGAGUCAUAUGCAGGAAUCUACAUACCCUAUUUUGCAUCGGAGCUUCUCGAAGGCAACAAUUCCUUGUCCCUCAACGUGCGUUCGAUGUCCCUGGGUGAUGGAUCUUGGGGAAAUGGAGCAGCCAUGGCCGCCGUUGCAAUGGGCAAAUAUAUCAGGUCACAGCUGGGACUCCUCCAAAUCCCCGAAAACGUCCUAUCCGUCUUUGAUGAGGCAGAUAGAACCUGCGGCUUCAACGAUGUGCUAGCAAAAUCCGCCAUAUACCCUCCCCAAGCUAAAAUCCAUAUCCCCGGGAACCCAGAGUACUUCAACCUUCGACGUCGAGACCUGACAAAUGCCGCCAACGGCGCAUGCAACAUCUCACCCACAACCCCAGAAGAAGUCCGCACCUCAAUAUUCAACUCAACCUGCUACGGCCCCUGCGCCACCUUCUCCACAGCAAGUGACUAUCUAACAGCCAUCUCCACCAAUCGUACAACCCGCGGCUGCUUCGACAUCUACGACAUCUCCCAUGACUGCAACGCAGUUUCAGAGCUUCCACUAAUGGCAGAAUACUUCGGCCGCGCGGACGUGCAGACCGCGCUCCACGUCGAGAACAGCGGACCGUACAGCGCAUGCAACUCCACAAUCUUAAAUACCCUCCUUUCAGCGCCCUCCCCGGUGCCACCGGAGUACUACAUCCUCCCGUCUCUUGUUACCAAGCACAACAUCUCGCUCCAUAUCUACUCGGGCGAGUGGGAUAUGUUGAUCAACCACUUUGGCGCGGAACUCUCGCUGCAGAAUAUGACGUGGCGUGGUGUGCAGGGCUUUGCGCAGAAGCCGACGAAGCCGUUCUUCGCUGAUAACGCUGCGCCGUCGAAGACCAAGCAGCUCCUGCUCGAGCAUACGCCAGCUGCUACUACACUUUCGACUGCCACUCCCACUGCUGUUGCGGGUACGUGGGCUAUGGAGCGUGGCGUGUCGUAUCAUUUAUUCCGAGGGGCUGGUCACAGUAUCUUUGUGAAUAAGCCGCGUGAAAUGUUCUCCUUCGUGAGGGAUGUGGUUGUUGCUCGGGGGGGUCUCUGA